CGAAAAUUUAUAGUGUUGAACAGAAUAGCGCAACCAAUCAUAAUUCUGUAAUCAUUACUUUGCUUUCUGUUCUACAAUUGUGAUUGGCGGUCGCAUUGUUCACAUUGGUUGAAGAGUGUGGGGCAAGUGAUGUGGAGUGCUGGCAGGCAUACCAGCCAUCUCCUCCACGUGCAGUCAGCAUGUUGUAUGCAAAGAGAGUAGUAUAUUGUAUGAAGAGAAAGAUUCCGAAAUCUGAAGCACCGUCAUUUCUACCGGCGUUGAAUCAGAUUGAGUUCUUGAAAAUUCUCAACUUUCUUUAGAAUCAAGAUUAAUUGAUUCUCUCUUAAAAAUUAUUUAAACGAUUUUCAUAAUUGUGAACAACAGCUGCAACAGAAUAAGCGAACGAGAUGGAGGAUAAAUGGAAACUAGUCAAAGCAUUUCUUCAGGAUAAAGGUUUGGUAAAGCAGCACAUAGAUUCUUACAACUAUUUUAUUAAUGAAGAAAUAAAAAACAUUGUUAAGGCAAAUGAAAAGAUUCAAAGCGACGAAGAUCCACAUUUUUAUUUAAAGUAUUUAAAUAUACAAGUAGGUAGACCAAAACUUCAAGAUAGUUGUACCUUAAAUCGAGAUUAUGACACAACACCGCACGAGUGUCGUCUAAGAGAUUUAAAUUAUUCUGCUCCAAUUGAAGUAGAAAUUGAAUAUGUAAGAAAUAAUCCAGAUAAUAAGGAAGGAGGGGGAAAACAGCGGACAUGGAAAAAAGUAGUUAUUGGGAUGAUGCCUAUAAUGUUACGCAGUUCUAACUGUGUGUUAACUAAAAAAUCCGAGUCUCAGUUAGCCAAAUUAAACGAGUGUCCGCAUGAUCCUGGUGGUUAUUUUAUCAUAAAUGGGCAGGAAAAAGUUAUAUUAAUACAAGAACAAAUGGUUAGAAAUAGAAUUGUUUUAGAAGUAGACAACAAAGACUGCGUCGUUGCGGCCUGUAAUAGUUUUACUCACGACAAGAAGACCAAGACAAAUGUUGUUGGUAAAUCUGGAAAAUAUUAUCUGCGGCACAACAUGUUUCAAGACGAUAUAUUGAUUACUAUUAUUUUCAAAGCUAUGGGUAUAGUAAGCGACUUGGAAAUAAUGCAAAUGGUUGGAACGCAAGAUAAGUAUUUAGACAAGUUUGCAGCUAGUCUGGAGGAAUGCCAGAGAGAAGAUUUAAACAUCUUUUCACAAAACCAAGCAUUGAAAUACCUCAACAGCAAACGGAAACAGACGAGAUUUCACGUUCCCAAAUCUCGUGUUGCUGACGAGAUGAAGGAUGCGAUAGCGACAAACAUAUUGUCUCAUGUACCUGUUAUCGAUUUCAAUUUUAGGCCAAAAGCGCUGUAUCUCGCUCUGAUGAUCAGAAGAGUUAUAAACGCGCAGUCCGAUCGUAGUCUAAUCGAUGAUAAGGAUUAUUACGGUAAUAAACGUCUGGAACUGGCUGGUUCUCUUCUCGCUCUUAUGUUUGAGGAUCUGUUUAAAAGAUUUAAUUGGGAACUCAAACAGAUUGCCGAUAAGAAUAUUCCCAAAAUAAAAGCAGCAGCAUUUGAUAUAGCUAAGCAUAUGAGACAUGAUCUAAUUACCAAUGGACUAGCUUUUGCUAUAUCGUCGGGUAACUGGACGAUCAAGAGAUUUAGAAUGGAGAGGCAUGGCGUGACACAGGUGUUAUCACGACUGUCGUAUAUCUCAGCGCUUGGCAUGAUGACGCGAGUCCAUUCCCAGUUUGAGAAGACCAGGAAAGUCUCCGGUCCGCGAUCAUUGCAAGGUUCGCAAUGGGGCAUGUUGUGCCCAAACGACACGCCCGAAGGAGAAGCCUGCGGGUUGGUGAAGAAUUUAGCUUUGAUGGCUCACAUCACCACGGAAGUGCCGGAAAAACCGUUAAUAGAUUUGAUGCGUAAUCUCGGCGUUGAGGACAUUUACACUCUCGCUGGGGAGGAGCUAACUAAGGAAGGUGUAUACACGGUUUUUGUGAACGGUAUCAUGGCAGGGAUCGUGCAGAAUCAUAAGAGGCUGGUGAAACAAUUCAGAUUGUUACGCAGGGCAGGAUAUAUCAACAGUUUUGUAUCGAUAUACACACAACAUCGGCACAAGUGCAUUCAAGUUAGCUCUGAUGGUGGACGACUGUGCAGGCCAUGUAUCAUUGUUAAGCACGGAAAGUCUCUUGUUAAACCAAAACACAUAAAAGAUCUUGAACGAAAUAUUACAACGUUUGAAGAUUUUCUUUAUGAUGGAUUAAUCGAAUAUUUAGAUGUGAACGAGGAGAAUGAUAGUUUAAUUGCGUGUACGGAAUCUGAAAUCAAUGAAGACACAACACAUUUGGAAAUCGCCGAAUUUGCGAUAUUAGGAGUGUGUGCUGGAUUGAUACCAUAUCCGCAUCACAAUCAGAGCCCGAGAAACACUUAUCAGUGUGCCAUGGGUAAACAGGCCAUAGGAUCCAUAGGAGAAAAUCAACGUACCCGUAUUGAUACUGUGAUGUACAAUCUAGCAUAUUCGCAAAGGCCAAUAGUGAAAACUCGAGCGAUCGAGUUGAUUAAUUACGAUAAAUUGCCAGCCGGUGAAAAUGCGAUUGUCGCUGUGAUGUCGUACAGCGGGUACGAUAUCGAGGACGCAUUAAUCUUCAAUAAAGCCUCUAUUGAUAGAGGAUAUGGGAGAUGUCUCGUGUAUCGAAACGCGAAAUGUACACUGAAAAAAUAUGCCAAUCAAACGCAGGACAGAAUCAUGGGACCGUCGAUAGAUGCUAAUACUAAGAAACCUUUAUCAAAGCACGAGAUUCUUGACAGUGAUGGGAUUGCAGCACCUGGUGAAUUGGUGGAAAACAAGACUGUAAUGGUGAACAAGUCAGUGCCGGCACCCAGUGAGAACAUCGGCCCAGUGAGAUCAGGCAAUGUACAAACUCAAACGGAAUAUCGGAAUGCGGAAAUUCAAUACAAAGGCUUGGUCCCAGCAUACGUGGAAAAAGUUAUGAUAUCUAAGAAUGCAGAAGAUGCAUUUUUGGUAAAGCUAUUGUUGAGGCAAACAAGAAGACCAGAGAUUGGUGAUAAAUUCAGUAGUCGUCACGGACAGAAGGGCGUCAUAGGUUUGAUAGUGGAACAAGAAGAUAUGCCAUUUAACGAUUAUGGCAUGUGUCCCGACAUAAUUAUGAACCCGCAUGGCUUUCCUUCUAGAAUGACAGUUGGUAAACUAAUAGAGGUACUUGCGGGUAAAGCUGGCGUCGUGAAUGGAAAAUUCCAAGAUGCAACAGCAUUUGGUGGAGCCAAAGUGGAAGAUCUCUGCGAAGAGCUGGCAAAGAAUGGCUAUAAUUAUUUAGGUAAAGAUUUCUUCUAUAAUGGCAUGACUGGGAGACCACUAAUAGGCUACAUCUACUCUGGACCAGUUUAUUAUCAAAAAUUGAAACAUAUGGUGCAAGACAAAAUACACGCUCGUGCCAGGGGACCAAGGGUAGUCCUGACACGUCAACCGACGGAAGGACGUGCUAGGGAAGGUGGUCUGCGACUGGGUGAAAUGGAACGUGACUGUUUAAUUGGUUACGGAGCUAGCAUGUUAUUAAUAGAGAGACUUAUGAUAUCAAGCGAUGCUUUUAAGGUCGAUGUUUGUAAUAAAUGCGGUCUGAUAGGCUACAACAAUUGGUGCCAAAGGUGCCAAUCCAGCUCUUCCGUUUCUACAAUAACGAUGCCUUAUGCUUGUAAAUUAUUAUUCCAAGAGUUGCAGUCCAUGAACGUAGUACCGCGUUUGUCCUUGAAGGAAUAUUGUGAUUGAUUGUAAUAAAAAUAGAAUAUUGUAAUUUUUUAAAUAGAAAUAAAGAUCCAACAAUUUUGAAAGA